UGGAUUUACAUCUGUAGUCGAAAAUCUAUAAAUAUCUUUCCCGCAGUGUCUGAACUUAACCACAGUUUCCUCCAUCGUAAAGCGCCCAGGUGACCAAAACAACAAGGACGUGUACCAAACGCCCCCUGCUGGACAGAUAUUUCCUUCAUGGCGUUUGUCGAGAGGGGAACAGGUGCAUGUUUUCACACGAUCUGGCAACCAGCAAACCUUCAACAAUAUGUAAAUUUUAUCAGAAAGGUGUUUGUGCUUAUGGAGAUAGGUGCAGAUAUGACCACAUCAAGCCUGGUGGACGUGGAGGUGGACCUCCUGUAGAACCCACAAACAGAGCUAGUAGUGCAGGUGCAUCUGUUCUGCCCUCAACAGGACCUGGACCUCCACCAAGCGCCGCAAGAAUGACUAAGAAACCAAUCGUGCUGAGAGACAGAGCUUUAGGCAGUGAGAGUCGAGGGCAGCCGUUCAGCGGAGAAAGUGCAGAGCUUCUAGAUUGCUGGGAUUACAGAGACGUCUCUCAGGUCAAACCUCAUAGCUACCUGGAUGCCAUACGCUCAGGGCUAGAGAGUGCAGCCACAGCCAGCUCGUACCCUGACAUAUCCCAUCAGGCUCUGCUGUGCCCUUACGCGGCUGCUGGCCACUGUCACUAUGGCGACACAUGCCCGUAUCUCCAUGGCGACAUGUGUGAAAUUUGCAGGUUGCAAGUUUUGCACCCACAUGAUCCAGUGCAAAGGGCAGCGCAUGAGAAGGUGUGUAUGUCUGCGUUUGAGAAGGACAUGGAGCAGGCGUUUGCUGUGCAGCAGAGUCAGGAGAAAGUGUGCAGUAUCUGCAUGGAGGUGGUGUACGAGAAGGCGUCUCCGUCCGAGCGGCGCUUCGGCAUCCUGUCCAGCUGCUGCCACACCUACUGUCUCGGCUGUAUCCGCCAGUGGCGCUGCGCCAAGCAGUUUGACAACAAGAUCAUCAAGUCUUGUCCAGAAUGCAGGGUGGUGUCUGAAUUUGUUAUCCCCAGCAUGUACUGGGUGGAAGAUCAGGAGGAAAAGAAUCGUCUUAUCGAAGAGUUCAAAUCUGGAGUCAGUAAAAAACCAUGCAAGUAUUUUGACCAGGGAAGAGGAACGUGUCCAUUCGGAGGGAAAUGUUUCUACAUGCACGCCUACCCAGACGGAACACGGGCAGAACCGGACAAGCCUCGAAAGCAACUCAGCUCUGAAGGAAAUGUUCGGUUCUUGAACUCCGUACGACUGUGGGACUUCAUCGAGGAACGAGAGCAUCGCACGGUGCCGCAGUACGAAGACGAGGUCAACGACCUGGGCGAACUCUUCAUGCAGCUCUCUGGAGCCGGAGAAGAAAGUGGAACCUCAGCAUCACACUGAUCCCUCCAUCUCACCACACACAUCACUCGCAGACCUGUAGGCCGACCCCGGCAAGCCAUGGUUUCAUGACUUUGGUAACUGUGUAUGUAAUCUGGGCAAUAAAAAUGUACUCACUGGUAAACAUUUCCCUGUUUAUGGCUUGACAUGGUUUUCUUAAAAGGAAAAAAAAUAACUUUUUACCUGUGGUACAUUUUUGUGGUAUAUUACACUAUGUUUAACAUGAACAUAUUUAAAGGCACAUGUAUUGUUUCUGUAAGCUGCUAUAUUUUCUUGGUGUGUUAGAAUUUUGCAGGAUUAAAAAGAUUUUUAAUAUGUCCAAAGAAAAUAAUCAUGAAAAAAAAGAAAAAAAAAAGACUGCUGACCCUGUUGGCACACCGCAAACACACUCAAGUAGUGUGUGAGUUUAACAAGUAUUGUGUAUUAUUUUAAAUAUAUAUACACUUAGAUCCAUUUACGCAAACUUGACCACUCUACGAUCUUUGAGAAACAUGUCGUUUUUUUUCAGACUGUUUAGAUGUAACUACAUCCUCUUGAUGAACAUGGAGUGUUCGAACAGUGAGGCUAAAACAUCCCUCUACUAUCAAUUAGUGUUUCUCAGAAGCUGAUACAGUAGCUUGCUCAGUUUAUCCAUGUUGUUUGAGUUAUUUAUUUCAAAACUGAGACAAAGCUAUCUUAGUUGUUUAAAGGUCCUAGAAUGAAAUAAAAAAAAAAAAACAAA